CCGGCGAGAUGCCAACCUAGGUUUGACGGCUUAACGGGUGGUGUUUAUGUCGGUAGCUUGUCUGGAGGUACAGAGAUUGUCUUGGCUGGACACGAGUUCAGUAGUGAGUUUGACAUCAAUAGCGACGGCGUCAGGAACAAAGUAUUUCUCUCCAAUGAUUAUACUACAAUUCCCUGUGACGUUAACCCGUACACUAGUACAACUAAUCGACUCGUCUGUGAAACCAGGCCUGGUGAAGUGGGCUUUUUCAACGUGCACGUGGAAGUAGAUGGAAAUGUAAUUCCAGAAUGUACGUCCUCGAAUGAUCGACGUUGCCAAUUUGAGUAUAGAGGUGCCGGGAAAUUGGGGAGACUGACAGAAGUUUUAUCUUAUUCAGGCCCAGUUGGCUCAGUAACGACGAUUCUGGGGAGGUUUUACACAAACGUUUAUGAAAGCGCCGCCAGUUCUUUGUCAGACGAGACCAAUGAUUUAUACAUAAAAAAAAUAACCUGGGGACCUUACAAAUGCAAUCCUAUUGAUAGCACAAGUAAUGAACCAUUGCGCUUGGAAUAUCGAUACGAGGAUAGAAACAGCUGGGUCUAUGUUUCAUGCUUCCCAGAGACCAAUGUUCCAGGGUCGUUUCCUUUGGUGGUUCAGGUUUCUCUCAACCAUGGCAAUGCUGACUCUGACCCUGAUACCUAUAUGGUGGAUGGGCAGGGCAAGCGAUACCACUACCAACAAUAUCCAGUGAUCACAAGUAUUUCACCUCAGAGUGGGAGUCUAGCAGGGGGCACUCUUGUCACCAUUAUUGGAGAUGGCUUCCUUCAAGUCGACAGUGUUUUGGUGGGAGGUGAGCCCUGUGACGUAGAGAGUUCAAAGGCGAAGGAGAUCACCUGUUACACCAGGCCAGCGCCGGAGGGUGCGGAUCUUAACCCAGGGGGUAGGGGACUCUUGCUGGAGUACUGGGUUAAUCAAACCUCCCUCCAAAGCCUUGAUGUCUUUGGUUGGAAUACCAGUGAUGCAGCCUAUGUCAAGAAAGGAAUACUUGAUGGAGGCUUGACCACCGAGGAACCAAAUGAUCAGAAGUUUUACUCCCGUCUCACUGGAUACUUUGUGCCUCCGCGAACUGGCGACUACACUUUCUAUGUUCGAGGCGACGAUUUCGUGCAUCUGUGGCUUAGCAACAAUUCUGAUCCUGCCAACGCGGCCAAGAUAGCGUUCACAACCAGAGCAACGAACAGUUUCAAUGACAUUAAUCAGCGAUCUGCAAAGCUCACCUUGCUUCAGAAUCAGCAUUAUUACCUUGAGACGCGACAUAAUGACUAUGCCCAUGGCUCCCGUGUAGCACUUGCAAUAGCCCUGCACCAGACAACGUGGACCCACAAGGAUGUCAACCGAGUUGUGAACGACGUUCAGUUGAUCGAGACCAUGGCCGAUGCUUUUCCGGAAAAACAGGUUAUCAGGGUGAUUGGCCAGAAGGAGGUUCAGAGGAUCGAUAUCGAUAUAUCAUCGUGUGAAACUGUCGGCCAAGAAGGUUGUACUCUCUCUGGAUUCACUGUAGCCUAUGAUGGACAAUCGGCAGACUUGACAACACUAAAUACAAGUCAAGAACUAGAGGAUGCUCUUAACAGCCUGUCUAGCCUCCAGACGAAUCCAGUCACGGUCUCUUUAGAUGAAGAUGAUACGUCUCUAAAUUUCACAGUAUACUUUACCAAGGAAGAGAGCGUGACCGAGAUGAUUGAUCUGCAGUAUGCUGGGAACAAAACCAUUACGAUCACAGAGGAGGAGGUGACCGACGGUGAAGCAGGCGUGGCCCCUGAGCAAUUCACCAUCACUUAUGAUGGAGUUGAGUCUACUCCCUUGACAUUUUCUAUGUCUGCCCAAGAGGUUGAAGAUGCGCUUGUGGAAAUGACUGGAUUUCGCUGCACCCCCACACUGGAAGCAAGCGAGUAUUACUUCUUCCAAGACUACGAAGGUGAUGAGGACACCAGCAGGGAAAACGGGGAGCGUGUAAGAGACGAAGAGGCAUACUGUUCCAGAACAUCGCACAAGAACCCAGAAUACCUCUUUAGAGAGAACAUAUUACGUUCAUCAGAUGGAGAAACGAAACGAAGAUUUGAUAUUUCAACCUAUAAAGAGUUGUGUUUUGCCGUGCGAGGAUUAGGAUUUCAAGGUACCUUCCGAGUCUGGUUCGUGCGGAAUUCGAGAAGCAACAGCAAUGCAGAUGUCUCGUAUGUCAGCAUUUUAAUCAAUUACUUUGAAGAUCCCGAAGUACCAUCAGACACGUGGGAGCGACGAUGCUUUAACCUCUACGAAAUUGCCCGAGAUCAGGGUUACGAUUUUAACAUGUAUUCCUACAAGGCAUAUCAAAUAUUGCUUUAUGCGUACCCUGACAUUGAUUACUUUGUCGAUUAUGUAACUAUUGGCCGCCAAAUGAGCCAGAGCUCAGAGGAGAUUCAGCGAUCUCGACCGGCAAGGCCAAACGGCAUCUUUGUGACUGACAUAGACGUCGAACUGAUGGAAGGGAAUACUGGGUUUGGCAUCACCAUGAUCGGUGCUCACUGCAGCUACAAUUUCACCCUGUUGGAAAUCACCGGGGGCAACGUGUUGACGGAGAACGCGGGCGGGGUGACCUAUGGAUUGUCAGGGGAUAGUAAGGUAGCGGUAGACCGGGUGCAGGCUGCCACCCCUCCCGUCACUGGCACCUUUGACCUGGAAUUUGAUGGGAAAAUAGCGAGAGGAUUCCGAGCCUUGGUUACUGGAGAAGCCUUGAAGCAGCGUCUGGAGGUGGAGCUGAUGACUGGCUUCGUGAAAGUCACAAGGUUGGGAUUUUGCUCUGCUUACUCCUGGCAAGUUGAGUUUACCGGGAACGGUGGGAGUCAACCUUUGCUCCAAGUGAUAAACCACACCCUCACUAAUGACCAGACCGAGGUCAGCAUCCAAGUUGUGAAGCAAGCGGACGGACAUCUUUUUCUGGAUCCCAUACCCGGGGAGUUCUUAAGGACACCUCACGACAAACCUCAGGUCCAAGUGACAGCCAAGAAAUUGGUAGCUGCAUGCACUGGUGAUUGUUCAUUUGAAUAUUCUUCAGAUGCCACGCCCACUUUGUUAUCCAUCACACCUCCUGAAGGCUCAUCUGCCGACGGCACUGCAAUAUCAAUCACCGGUUCUAUGUUCAGCAUCACACCAUCGGAGAAUUCUGUCACGAUUAACGGAGUGGAGUGUGCGGUCUGGGCAUCCACUGAUACUAGCAUCACCUGCGAUGUGGGCGAGUCGCCCGCGGGCGAGUACGAGGUCAGGGUUCAGGUCCUUGGACUUGGAUAUGCUGAAUACGAGAACGGUCCUGUCACGUUUAACUACACAUUUGAUUUGACGUCAGUCAGUCCCAGUAGAGGAAGUACUGCAGGUGGAACGGUUGUAACCAUCGAUGGGCACGGCUUUGGGGAUGACAUGGAGGUCACCGUAGCAGGCAGAGAUUGUGAUAUUAUCUCGGUCUCUUAUGAUACUAUCUCAUGCACAGUUCAGUCUGAGCCAAGCGGUCAAGGGAGCUCAGUGAGCAUCUCCACCAACGGUGAAUCUGCCACUCUUGACAAUGUGUUCACAUUGGAUGAGAGCAUCACUCCAGUCAUAUCCUCUAUUAGUCCAACUGAAUCGAGUGUUGCAGGUGGUUCUAAUCUAACAAUUGAAGGAUCCCAGUUAGGUGAGUCUGGUGGAACGGUGACAGUUGGAGACAAAGAUUGCGAGAUUUUAUCUCAGACCAACACUACAAUCGUGUGUGUUCUCCCAGACCAGGCCUAUGGUGAUCACAACGUGUUUGUCAGCAUCUCCGGUGUCGGGUAUGCCAAGAAAGAGUCCGAGAGUACGAACACGGUUGUGACUUACGCUCUGGUUGUGACAAGUGUCUCUCCGCUCUUGGGAUCCCUAUUUGGCGGAACAACGAUUACAGUCACAGGAAAUGGAUUUGGGACGUCUGCAAGCGAGACGGAAGUGUUGAUCAAUGACAAGAUUUGUGAGGUCACCUCCAUUACAGAUGACCUAUUGACCUGUGUGACCCCUGAAAUCUCCACACAUCACAAGAUCAGUCAUCUUGGGCGACACGAAACCUACGGGAUUGGUUAUGCCUGGGACCCUUCUAAACUGGACAUACAAGCGGGAGAUGUGGUCACGUGGACGGCAUUCGUGCCAAUGUUUGUAUCCGGCAUUUCUUACUCCGUCCACCAAACAUCUAGUGCCGAGGAAACUACCUAUGACGGCAUGGGUUUCAACAGUGGACCAUUUGAAGGUCAUUUCUCUUUUAAGUUUGAUGCCCCUGGUACGUACUACUACUCCGGCAACCCUGUCAACUACCAGAAUCAGGACGAUCCCAUCUACAUGUCAGGCAUCAUUGAAGUCGGCGAAAAGACGAGCCACGUGGAGAACAUCACAUUGAUACGUAAUGGAUAUGAGGCUCUGUAUGACGUUGAUUCAGGUGUAACAGCUCCUACAUCCCAGCCUGGUUGUGAAGGAGACAGUGCAGCCAUUCAAGGCUGCACUGACAAUGAACCAGAUGCCAGCCCCGAGGAUGUCUUUACAGUCACUUACUCAUCCUGCCACACUCCGACUGUGACGAGUAUCAGUCCGAACACCGGUACAGCAGGAGUUCAACUGAACAUCACCGGAACGGGAUUCAGCAGCGUCCCGUGCGAAGUUGAGGUCUUGGUGGGAGGCCAGCCGUGCAGCGUCACAUCGGCUUCUUCCACCUUGGUCCAGUGUGACCUGGAAACGGGAGAUGUCCUGGAGACUGGGGAGUUGCUAGGGGUGUCUGUUAACAUCAAGAAUCUUGGAUUUGCCCAGAUCUUACCAAAGUUCCCUCAGGAACGCUCCUUUGUCCUUUUCCCCAGGCUGGAUGCAGUGUCGCCCCAGCAGGGAUCACUUGCUGGUGGGACUGAGUUGCAGUUCUCUGGAGCAGGAUUCUCGUCAGAGCCAAGGGUUAGUGUAGGAGGUGCUGCAUGUACUGUGAGAGAGUUCACCUACACCUCUUUUGUUUGUAUCACAAGCCCUCAUUCAGAGGGUGAAUACCAGAUACAGGUCUUGGUGGGCCAGUUGGAAAGCAAAUGGAACACUGAAGAUCUCAAAGACUUCAAUUACACUGUUGGAAGCACACCGAGCAUCACAUCUUUCACACCACAGGUUGUCUAUGGUUCUAGCACUGUGAUGACAUUCAAUGGUUCUUUUCUCAGUACUAGUGAUGUAAAUCUGAUUAAGGUUGAUAUCGGAGGCUCUAAUUGCGUUCCAACCGUGGCUAGUGACACCAGUGUGGAGUGCGAUGUUAGCUAUGUUCCUGUUGGUACCAGAGCAAUUUCCUUCCACAUUGCUGGAUUUGGUGAUGCUCAGUUUGAAGGAGGAAAGACUGUUUGGAGUUCGAAGACAUUAGACAGCAUCGAUCCAUCCUCUGGAAGUACAGAGGGUGGACAGACCGUCACCAUCGCAGGCAACGGCUUCAUUGCUGAAGACACCCUGGUCUUAAUCGAUGGAAAUCCAUGUGAAAUCCAGUCGCUGUCAUUGUCUGAGAUUGUAUGUAUUACACCACCCCACUUGGAGGAAUCUGUUACCGUGUCCGCCAACAGCGGUGGGAAUAGUUACACCACUCUCACGUACGAAUACGCUGCCGAUGUGACACCCCAGGUAUCGUCGGUGACACCACAGGUCGGUCAGUCGGGAGAUACCAUCACAAUAGCUGGAAGUUCCUUCUCGGAGGAGCCAUCCGAUGUCACGGUGAUUCUUGAUUUCGUCGAGUGUAACGUGACGUCUUCUUCUGAUACAUCUAUUGAGUGUGUUACCGGUAACCAUUCUGCAGGGACGUAUUAUCUAGAAGUCCACGUCAGAGGAAAGGGGAUCGCCUCUAGCAGUGCCACCUUCAAGUAUAUACUCGAUGUGACCUCGUUCAGCCCUGAUGAAGGAAGUUUUGGCGGUGGACGAACAUUAACAAUCAGCGGAUCGGGUUUUGAUGAGACGACGACAGAGGUCUAUGUCUGUGAUAACCUAUGCCCUAUUACUUCGGUCACCACCUCAUCCAUCAUGUGUGAGGUCCCAGCAAACUACGGUGAAGGGUCAGAGUUGGAGUGCGAGGUCAGGGUCAGUCUCGCAAGUGGCUCACAGGAAAAUGCCACCGAGGUGUUCACCUACAAGAGGUCAUUGACCCCGACCAUCACCUCCGUGGAACCGAAGAGGGGAGGAACGGCAGGGGGUACAAUGGUCACCAUCGAUGGAACAGCUUUCCUUGCUGCAGGUAACGUGGUCCUAAUUGGAGGAACAGAGUGCGUCAUCAGCUCGGAGUCAGAGACUCAGAUUACCUGUGUUACAGAAGCUCAUCAAAAUGAGAUGACAGAAGUCAAAGUUUUCAUCGAGAAUCAAGGAGCAGCACUUGCCCAACCGGGAGUAGCAGACUUUUUCUAUAUUGAUGUAUGGUCAUCACGGUUUACUUGGGGUGGAAACGACCCCCCAGAAGAAGGAACGUUCGUUACCAUUCCGACCGGGCAGACCAUUCUGCUGGACAUGGACACGCCAGUGCUGAAAAUCUUACUCAUAGCAGGAGGCUCACUGGUAUUCGAUGAGAAGGACGUUGAAUUGAAAGCCGAAUAUAUCAUCAUCACUGAAGGUGGCCACCUGAGUGUCGGUUCUGAGGAGGAACCAUUCCAGCACAAGGCGAUCAUUACUCUUUAUGGCAACGUCCGAUCAACCGAACUGCCGUUUUAUGGGGCAAAGGUCCUCGCUGUCCGUAAUGGCACGCUCGAUUUGCAUGGUCAACCUGUGCCUGUCAUGUGGACUCACCUCUCGCAAACCAUCGAGCCUAACGACAUGGAAAUCUCUCUCAUGCUGCCUGUUACCUGGAAUGUGGGUGAUGAGAUCGUGAUUGCGACCACCGGAGGGCGCCAGGACAGCGGCCAAAGCGAAGUGGUUACCAUAACAGCUGUUUCCCAGGACAAGAUGACCCUGACCAUCGAUCCUCCCAUCAUGCACCGGCACAUCUCCAUCGUUCAGGACAUAGAGGGUAUUACCCUGGAGACGAGGGCUGAGGUGGGUCUGUUGACGCACAACGUGGUUGUGAGAGGCAACGUCAAUGAGGAUUGGACGGAGGAGAUCGAGGCCUGUGAGCAACCGUUCAACACCGGUAUGUUUGAGGUACAGAGCUGCUUCCUCGGUCGUUUUGGAGAAGAGACGGCUAGCGAUCAGUUUGGUGGUCACAUCAUGAUGUUUGCCAGGGACAUGGAUGCUGACCUUGUCCAUGGACACCUGGAGUAUGUAGAGUUGACCCACGUUGGUCAGGCCUUCCGGCUCGGACGAUACCCGAUUCAUUACCACAUGAAUGGAGAUGUGACGGGGUCGUACGUUCGUGGCUGCAGUGUCCAUCACACCUUCAACAGAGCAGUCACCAUCCAUGGCGUACAUAAUCUACUGGUGGAGCACAACGUCGCUUACAACAUCAUGGGCCAUGCGUACUUCAUGGAAGAUGGCAUAGAAACCAACAACAUCAUCCAGUAUAACCUGGCCGUCUUUGUCCGUUCUAGCAACAGCCUCCUCAAUGUGGACGUCACUCCCGCAAGCUUCUGGGUGACCAACCCCGACAACUACGUCCGCCACAAUGCUGCAGCUGGCGGGAGCCACUUUGGCUUCUGGUACAACAUGCCGGAGCAUCCGGGAGGCCCUUCCUUCACCACGGCGGUAUGUCCCCGCCACGUCCCUCUCAAAGAGUUCCACAACAACACGGCCCACUCCUUUGGGUGGUAUGGACUAUGGGUCUUUCCUCGUUACCACCCCAAGGCAACGGGGGCGUGCAGUGCGGGGCCGGAAGACUCAACUCCGGCUGUCUUUGCCAAUCUGACUGUUUGGAAUACAGAAAGAGGAGCCGAAGUUGUCGAUUGCGGAGCUGUCCAGCUUCACAACUUCGUCACCGCAGACACUGAAAUGUCAGGAUUAGAAUACCAGAAGAUUACGAGUGUAGGAUGGUCUCUAGAAGAUGGAUCAGAAGGGGCCCUGAUCAAAAACAGUGUCGUCAUCGGAAGAACGGAUGGAAUAGCAGGGACUGGGGAAAAUGCGUCCUGUACCCAAGGCGGAAUUGUGGGCCCUCAGAGCCAUUUCUUGACUGUGGACGGUAUUAAGUUCAUCAAUUUUGACCGGGACUCGUGUGCCACGAUGAGAGCAUGUAGCAAGUGCCGAUUUGAGCAAGGAGGAUUCACAACGAGGUUUAAAAAUGUGGAAUAUGCCAAUGCUGACAAUAGAGCAGGUUUCCAGUGGCUCUAUGAGGCUGUGUUUGAGGAUGAGGACGGCAGCUUGACAGGCACGACUGGUGCUAGUAUCACCCCAGUCAACGACAACCUUCCCGAUGAGCACUGCACAAAGGAUGACCCAUCUUACAACUUUGGUAGUGCACCCGGAGCUGUGUGCGAUGCCACGAUUAAACUCCACCGCUUUUCAUUCAACAACCCUCUCCCGCAUUCUCUCCUCUACGAGGACGCCAUCUUCACCAACGAUCAUGGAUCAGCAAAUGUCCACUACCACAAGAAGAGGAUCACCCAUCCCGAGGGUUGGAUGGUGACACUCAUAGAUGGAGAUAGCUACCAAAUGACAUUCCGUUACAAUGAACAACUCACCAACAUUUCAUACUCGGGACGUUUAGAUGCAUUCGGCGAUGGGGAUUACGUGCUUAUUUCUCAUAAUCUCACCCAGGAAGUGGAUGUUAUUUCCAUCCUAGGAGACAUCAGGAAUUCAACCAAUAGUGCAUUAAACUAUGACGACAAUGAGAACGGGGAUUACUACCUAGACAAAGAAACAAAUGAUUUGACAUAUCUGAUUUCCGGGAAGGGCAAGGGAUCGCCGGAGGAUGUCCGUGUGGCUCUGAACGUGUACCGUUGUUACUUUGAAGCAUGCAUUGCACCAGUCCCUGAAGCACCCCCUACUGGUCGACCGGAUGAUACUCUGUACUGGUCUGAUCCGCGGGCGUGGGAGAAUGUCACCGAAGGAUGGGGUGGCCAUGGGGGAGGGGUACCCCAAGAUGGCGAUGAUGUGCAGAUUUUACCAGGACUCUAUGUCAUCGCGAAUGACAGCCUCCCGGUCAUGAACAAGCUCUUCAUCUACGGAGCUUUGGAGCUGAGCGAUGGGCGGGACUUCACCCUGAGAGCCACUUACAUCCUGAUACAGGGAGGCCGUCUGAUCAUUGGGCACAACGAUUCCGCGCCCUUCACGCACAACGUCCGCAUCAUCCUGGACGGCGACCACAACACCCCGGACUUGCCGCUGACCAGCAACCUGAACCUUGGCUCCAAGGCGCUAGGGGUAUUUGGCGCAUUGGACAUUCAUGGGAAAGCUCCGGACGUCACCUGGACACGCCUUGGUGCAACAGUCAAUCCCGGAGACAGCUCCAUCUCGUUGGAGGAAGAUACAAACUGGAAGGUAGGAGACGAGAUCGCCGUGGCAACCACUGACUAUGAAACUUGGCAUACAGAGACCUUUACUAUCCAAGAAGUCACCAACGCGAGGACAUUUGUCCUCAAUUCCACUUUCCAACAUCGACAUGCAGCUGCUACGGAGAACGAGGGUACCCCUCAGGAGUACAGGAUUGCAGCUGAGGUCGGACUUCUGACUCGGAAUAUCGUCAUCGAGGGAGCGCGCUACGAUGAGCAGUUUACGGAGUUGUUUGGCGCAAGAGUGUUGGUCGGGAGUUUCUUCCAGGAAGAAGAACAGAAAAUCUAUCAAGGGAGUGCUCACAUCUCAAACGUUCAGUUCAGAUAUACCGGGCAGGAGGGUUGGGUGGAAAGCUACGACCCUCGUUUCUCGCUGGCCUUCCUGGAUCUCCUAGACCCCGCGAGCCAGACGACGCCAUCGUCGGUGAUCGGUUGCAGUUUCCACCACGGUUUUAGCACGGCUAUUGCAACGUACAGCUCCAACAAAGUGAUCAUCAGAGAUAAUAUCAUCCAUCACACGAUCGGAGCAGGGAUCAUCAUACACCGAAGUGAUGAUGUCGUUCUGAAUAACAACCUGGUGAUGCUAUCCAUUUCCAAGGCAACCUACCAAGACCGCUUCCAGAAAGAGAACAUUGACUGGUUUGGCAGCAUCACCGUGGAAUCGGCAGACAACCUUACGAUGCGCGACAAUGCCAUCGGUGGCUCGGAGAAAGCAGGCAUCAUGAUGGACGGGGAGAAGUGUGGGGUAGCCUCGCAAUACAUUGGAAAUGUGGUACACUCCGCCAUACAGGGUGUGAUGCUUUUUGAGAUGAACCAGAAAGGAUGUACUUCCGUGGCUAAUCUCUUCAUAUAUCGCUGCUUUCACUAUGGCAUGUACUUCCAGGUUAAUUCCGAUCUUCAUGUGACAAAUGUGACUCUGGCAGACAACAGAAAUGCCAUCUGCCCGAUGUUCUACCAUCCCAAAGCCUUGUCACACAGGAAGCAAGACAAACUCUUCGAGGUCACCAACUCUCUCAUCAGCGGACAUAGCAGCAGCUUCGACUGUGAUGCAGACGAGGUGGCGCCGGAAGUAGCUCGCUUUGAAUCAAAGCAUGCACCCUCUGUGACACCAGAGGGCGGUGUGAUUGGUAUCCUUCUCACCACGUUCAUGUCCAAUGACAACGGUGCUGCAUUCUUUGCAUUCAGGAGCAUCCACGAUUACCCCGCUCUUGGAGGAAACAACCACAUCUCAGGUGUGACUUUCAUGAAUUUUGACAACCACUGCGGGAGGCGGGGCCGUGUCUUCAUGACCAAUUCUUUCAGCGAUGACGCCACCCACCCGACCGAAGUCCAGAAUAUAAAUCUCAUCUCAUCAGGCAAAGAGAGCCUGUUCUUCAUUCACAGGCCACCAGUAGAAAAAGUGGAUCCGUCAAACUGUGUCGACAUGGACUGCGACGGUAUGAAGAAGACCCUCGUGCGAGAUCUGGACGGUAGCAUGCUGGGAGCCGUCGGGACCGUUGCCCCGGACUCCGCCUUCGAAUGGGACGGUGAUCCAAGGAGAGGUCUUGGAGAUUACAGGAUCCCGAGAAUGGCUCUGACCGAUCCCGCGACUGGCAAUCGAAUCAACAUCAAUGAUAAAGCCCCUAAUAAAGGUAUCGUUGGAACCAAUGGAUCUGACUGUUCUUGGGUCGAAUCCUGGCAGGCCUUCGAGUGCCACAACCUCGACCACAUGAUGUUUAUUAUUGAGAGCAUGGAUGCGGACACUGAGACAAGGAGGGUGUCCCCAGUGGCACUUCUUGCCGACGGCUACGUGGACCUGAUCAACGGUCCCCAGGACCACGGAUGGUGUCUGGGCUACACCUGCCAGGAGAGGAUUUCAACCUUCUUCACCCUGGUGGCAACAGGUAGAGAAUACGAACUCUACUUCUCUGGCACUAACCCACAGGGAUUGAGGCUUUAUUUCCUGAAUGCUGAUGACUCACAGACCAUGGUGGUUGGUAUCUGGUAUGCCAACCCACAGAAGCUGGACGUGUAUAGCAACGAUGCCUACAUCCUGCCAAACAAUGCAGAAUACGACGACGACAACAAACUCACCUGGAGGAGGCCCCAGACACCAGGCCAGUUCAGGCCUUCCGUCUCGUCCACCGUCAACGGGGAGAACUACUUUGACAGGGAGAGACAGACGCUGUAUUUGGUGGUGCGCGGGUCGAACAUCGUGGAGAUCAAGACGACCCCCGCUUUGAUCGUGACCUUUGGGAUGCCUUCCAUCCCAGUGGAUAACUUCUUUGAGGAGAACCUGAGCAGGAACCUGGCCAACCUCCUGAACAUCAGCCCCGAGAACAUCAGGAUUGUGAACAUCAUCCGUGAGGACAGCCGGAGAAGGAAGAGGGCCACGAGCGGAAUGCAGGUUCAAUUUGAAAUCACGGCCGGGAAUGAAACGUCCUCAAACAACGGAACUGAUGCUGUUGAUGAGCUCAACGGGAUACAAACUACCUUAGCGAAUGAACAGCAACAAGGAAACCUCGGAGAUAGCCUCAACAUCACUAUUGAAUCGAUGGAGAUGACCGACCCGGUAGCACCGCCUGUCGACCCUACAGGUGGCAUCAGGGCCACAAAUGAGACAGGGGGACCAGCUGAGGGGAACGAGACGUAUGCUGAUCAACAAAGAGAGUUGGAGGCAGCACGUCAGGAAGAACUGAGCCAACCUAAAGUGUAUGUUACUCCUUCUGCAUUGAUAGUAGGAGCCAGUCCUACAGAGGGGAGUGAAUACGCACCCUUCCCGACCCAACCCAAGGUCAAAGUGGUAGAUCAACAGGGCAACUUGGUGACACAACUUGGCUCUCCCUCCAAUCCCUGGUUGGUAACAGCAACCCUUGCAGUCCGUCCUGCGGGCAGCACGGCACAGCUCGUCGGCACCGUCACAAUCCCCUUCCAAGAUGGCUGGGCCAACUUUACCAGUCUGGCGAUCACCAAGUUUGGCAGUGGUUACGUGUUGGAGUUUGCCAUCACCUAUCCCGACAGUUCGCCCUUGUCUUCUGUCAGGACCGCCGCUUUCUCCAUCACCCAUCGUCAGCUGACCGGGGCGCAAGCUGGCCAGACAGGCUCGGUCUAUGUCAACGAACCGUUCAGUGUUGAAGUCAAGGUCAGGGAUGCUGCCUCCGGAGAGGUGGUCACGAACUUAAAUGAAUCGGGACACGAUACAUGGAGCGCCAGUGUCUCGCUGUACAUGCCAACAAACUACCGUGGUCGUCUAUCAGGUCAGACAACGGUCGCUGUUGACCUCUCGACUGGCACUGCAAUCUUCCCCAACCUCACCAUUGACUUCAUCGGCUAUGGAUACGUCCUGAAUGUCGAUAUCUUUGCUGUCAGAGCACAGGAAUACUCCUCCUCCGCUCAGCUUGAUCCAUUUAACGUUACAGUGAGGGGUGCAGUCCCGCAUUCUGGAUCCUCCGUUGAGGCAACCAUACGCUUUGACAACGAUUACUCGGUGGUUGAGGGGAAAGAAACUGUUUUUGUGAAUAACUUUCACAACAACAUCGGCACCCAUCUUUCGAAUGUAACCAUUACAAACUACAAGGUUACUAGGGGUUCAAUCUUGCUGACAUUCACAAUGACCGGGGACACCCAGGGUACGCUAGAGGUCCUCUACGAUGACCUUCAGAAUGGUAACGUAGUCGUGGUCUUUGAGGGGACCACCCUUCAAGCCUCUCCUGUUCUGCUUGUCAAUGGAGAGGAAUAUACCAGAAAGGCCCCAUCAAAGCCUUUUCCAGUUUGGGCAAUCAUUGUUAUCGUUCUUAUUGCUGUCCUCAUGAUUGUCCUCGUCCUUCUCGUAAUCUUUGUCAAGUUCUUUCUCAAGAGAGAUUCUAAAGUCAAAAUUGUGGAGAGGGUGCCUCUGGCAGUGGUAGAUGGUGUGGAGAACAAGACCUAUGUUAGGACAGAUGUGAACCAGUCCUUGGAUGUUAGUCCAACUGGAAGUAGGACGACUCUCCUGACUACCAAUGCUGUUGAGUGGGAUGAAAGGAAAAAUGGUCCCAAACCAAAAUCAAGCAAAGUCGAUCGGCCGAUGAGUAGGCAGGUGCACCUUUUGGUACAUGAAGAGGGGAAUGGUUCUAUCGGUAGCUGUUCACCUAACAGUCCCAGACGAACCCCAGAGGUUGAAGUCACUGCUCUGCCUCCAGGAUUCACCGAAGGACAGCUGGAGAAAGAGAAAGAGGAUCGCGCAGACAUGACUGUCAACAUUAAGAACGCGGAUGGUACUUUCCAAAAGAUAGGCCAGGUGUCUGCCAACAAAGUGGGCACUCUCAGUGACCUUCGACGUGACCUGAAGAAAUCCCAAUCUCUGCCUCCAAAGGUCCAAGAGAAGCCGUUCAUAUUUUUGAAGACAAUGGAUGUAUCAGACUACGAGACCGUGGAAGAGAAGCGUGUAUCAGUCUCAGAAGCGUAUGGAGCUGCAGGUCUCGUCCUCAUCCGCUGGCACUCGGAACAAGAUUCUAGUGAUCUCUGCGUUUGUGGUCUCGUCGGCCAAUUCCGUUGCUCUCUCUGUGAUAAGCAGUCGUACUGCAGCCCUCAGUGUCAGUCCACUGACUGGCCGCGACACACCGUACAGUGCUCCGAGUGGGCCAAACAACGUAAAGAUUUGGAUGAUCAAAAUCAAGAAUAAAGUGACCGUUUCUUCGAGGUUUAAGUGUGACUUGGGGUCUUGCUUAAAGCUAAAUGACAGUAGUUGCAGUAAAACACUAAUUGCGUGAGAAAGUCUGUGAAACCAAGGUUAAGUAUGACUAUAUCAUC